AUCGCGAGAAGAGGUUGAGGCGCCGGCCUGCAACCUGCCGGGGCGUCUCUGGUAGGCGACGCAGCCGCCGCCGGAGUGUCCGCCUCCACAGAUACCUCUGGUGGGGUCUGGUUGAGGAGGGAUCCGAGGCGACGUUGUCGUCGGCCUUUGCCUUGAAGGGGAAGCACAGAGUUUGUGACCUGCUGUUUUGAAUGAAGAGAAAGUAAGAAGAGAGGUUCUGAAGUAGGGAGUGUGGUUAUAGGUGCUACAUGUGUGCUUUCAAAGCAGUAGUGUGAGGAAACUUGAAGUGGGAUGGCAGGACGGCCUCAUCCCUAUGACAGUAACUCCAGUGAUCCAGAGAAUUGGGAUCGGAAAUUGCAUAGUAGACCUCGUAAACUUUAUAAACAUUCAAGUACUUCCUCACGUGUUGCUAAAGGAGGAGCAGACCAAGCCAAAAUGAGUCUACAUGGUGCUAGUGGUGGACAGGAGAGAUCAAGAGACAGGCGAAGGUCAAGUGACAGAUCACGAGAUUCAUCUCAUGAAAGAACAGAGUCUCAACUCACUCCUUGUAUUAGAAAUGUUACUUCUCCAACACGGCAGCACCAUGUUGAAAGAGAAAAAGAUCAUAGUUCCUCUCGUCCAAGCAGUCCUCGUCCUCAGAAAGCAUCUCCAAAUGGCUCAUUUAGCAGUGCUGGGAACAGCAGCAGAAACAGUAGUCAAUCAAGUUCAGAUAGCUGUAAGACAACUGGGGAGAUGGUAUUUGUAUAUGAAAAUGCAAAAGAAGGAACUCGAAAUGUAAGAACGUCAGAACGAGUGACGCUGAUAGUGGAUAACACUAGAUUUGUUGUAGACCCAUCUAUUUUUACUGCACAGCCAAAUACAAUGUUGGGCAGGAUGUUUGGAUCUGGUCGAGAACAUAACUUUACACGUCCCAAUGAGAAGGGAGAGUAUGAGGUGGCAGAAGGGAUUGGUUCCACUGUAUUUCGAGCUAUCCUGGAUUACUAUAAGACAGGAGUAAUUCGUUGUCCUGAUGGCAUAUCUAUUCCUGAACUUAGAGAAGCAUGCGAUUAUCUCUGUAUUUCUUUUGAAUAUAGUACUAUUAAAUGUAGAGAUCUCAGUGCCCUGAUGCAUGAGUUAUCAAAUGAUGGUGCUCGUAGACAAUUUGAAUUUUAUCUGGAAGAAAUGAUCCUCCCUCUCAUGGUAGCUAGUGCCCAGAGUGGGGAACGAGAAUGCCAUAUAGUGGUGCUCACAGAUGAUGAUGUAGUUGACUGGGAUGAAGAGUAUCCACCACAGAUGGGAGAAGAGUAUUCCCAAAUUAUUUAUAGCACAAAAUUAUAUAGAUUUUUCAAGUACAUUGAAAAUAGAGAUGUGGCCAAAUCAGUCUUGAAGGAGAGGGGUCUGAAGAAGAUUAGAUUGGGAAUAGAAGGUUAUCCAACGUACAAAGAAAAAGUGAAGAAAAGGCCUGGGGGCCGCCCAGAAGUCAUUUACAACUAUGUCCAAAGACCCUUUAUUCGAAUGUCCUGGGAAAAGGAAGAAGGGAAGAGUCGGCAUGUAGACUUUCAGUGUGUAAAGAGUAAAUCUAUCACCAACCUGGCAGCAGCUGCUGCAGACAUUCCCCAGGACCAGCUGGUGGUCAUGCACCCAACUCCACAGGUGGACGAGCUAGAUAUCCUCCCCAUCCACCCUCCUUCUGGCAACAAUGACCUCGAUCCUGAUGCACAGAAUCCAGUGCAGUGACGCUGUCCUUGAAACCAUAGCAUGCUACUCUUCACAGUGUCCUCAUCUGCACUGCAAGGCCACUCUUCUUCAUUGUGAGACGCACAUGUUUAGGAUACUGCAGUGUAGGUUUUUUUAAAGACCAAAGGUAGCUGAAUGGUUUUUUAAACAAGUAUAAUUCUAGCAUCCUGAGGUUCCACUUAAAAUGUCUUUGUUUACCAGUAGGUUUGUGAAAUUGGUUCUUUGUAUGGGGGACAGUCCUUUUUCACACAUAUGGGUCUUUUCUGAGGUGGAAAUUGGCAUCGGGGGUGCUUUCAAGCGGGACUGAUACUCAUCACACCCCAGAUAAAACACAGUAUAUUAUAUAGUUGCACUUUAUACUUGGUGGUUAAAUGGAACUGUUCAAGCCAUUUUAUAGUUGUGAUGUAUAAUAUAACUUAAAUAAGUGCUUCUAUCAAAGUAUUCCUUCAGUAAAAUGUGUAUAGUUUGCUGCCCAUGAUAAACAAAAUGGUAUUUAUCUUGGGCUUAUUUGAAUGAUUAGGAUGAGAUUCAGUGCUCAAAUCUUAUUGGUUCACUUAUCUCUAGUGCUGUUUCACCCUUUGAGAGUGAGUCAUGUGCAGGGAGUGUGAACAUCAGAGGUGGUUUAUUAUCCAGUCUGCCUUACCCUUAAUCUGUUCACAGAUAUUUAUUUACUAAUGUUUUUCUUAAGCAUUAUGAUAGGAAAAUGAAGUGUUUGCUCUUCAUUUACUAAACGAUUGUAACUCAAGUUUUUCAUCAAAAUAAAAUUCCAUUGUUUUAAUGUUUCAAGCCAACUUUAUAACCACCACCUUGGCCAGAUUUUUUGUCUCAUAGUUAGAUUUCCUGUAUUACUGGUGUAAGUACAACUAUAAAUCAUAUAGCUUUUCAAUUGAACUCUUAAUUUGGUGUAUGUGUGACACAGCGCUUAAAUUUCUUACUAAUUAUAAAAUCUUACUGUAUCUUCUUACUACAAAUCUAAAGUAACAUUAGAGCUGAAAAGACAGAGCAUGGCCUAGUCCACCCUAUAUGAAAUGUGAAAUGACUUUACCCUAAAGUUUAAGAGCCAGUUUCAGAUUCUAGUUCAAUGUGGUUCUUUGCAUUAUAUUGUGCUGCUCUGCUUAGCAGAUUAUUCAUACAAGUGGUGUAUUAAAUAUGUGGCCUAAUUCAAGAAAGAAUCAGAAAUGUUUAGGUGGUAUGGGUCAGUAGUCAUUUAAGGCUUGAAGCUGUACAAUUGCAAAUACUGGUGAAAAGGGCAGCAGUGCAGAAGUCAGUUCACUGCACAUAAUUAUGCAUUUGUAAAUUCAAAGGAUUUGAUGUUUGUGUGUAAGCAGUAAUGACUUUGUUCUCCCAUUAAUCGAAAUGUAAACAAUUUGGAAAUUAUCACUUUUUUCGUGCUAGAUGUAUUCUGAAAAAUAGUUAUCAAUCCCAGGACUAUUAUGAAGAUCACAAGGCAUGGCCAAUGUUAGUAGCUGUUGGAAUACCCGUGGCUGGAACUGAUACGACCCUAUAGUGUGUAGGAUAUUUUCUAAUUAUUUGAACUGAGAACAGUAUUUAUAGAACAAGGGAAACAUUUAUUAAAAAUAUUUAACUGUCUAAUACAUUAUACUUUAACCCAUAU